GGCCCAAAGUCGACACACGGAGCUCAUCGUUCGUCAUUCUCCUCAAUUUAUUUAUUCCAAUUUGAGUGUUUCCUAAGUGAUUAUCACUAAGAUCCUCUCUCUGUGAGCUCCUGCAUCAAUUCCCACUGAAACCUUUGUGAAAAAUCAUCUCCCACGUGGCAUAAAAUCCUCUAAAGAUGUCUAAGAUUCGUGCUGGACCCGUUGUGGACAUCUUGGGUGAUGAGAUGACCCGGAUCAUCUGGGAUCUGAUCAAGGAGAAGCUUAUCCUGCCAUUCCUGGACAUUGAGCUCCACGUGUACGACUUGGGCAUUGAGAAUCGCGAUGCCACGGAUGACCGAGUCACUGUGGAGUGUGCUGAAGCAGUGAAGAAGUACAAUGUGGGCAUUAAAUGUGCCACAAUCACUCCCGAUGAGAAGAGAGUGGAGGAGUUCAAGCUCAAGCAGAUGUGGAAAUCUCCCAAUGGAACCAUUAGGAACAUUCUCGGAGGCACAGUUUUCCGCGAGGCUAUCAUCUGUCGCAACAUUCCACGCCUGGUGACCGGCUGGGAGAAGCCAAUAAUCAUUGGUCGUCAUGCCCAUGCUGAUCAGUACAAAGCCACGGACUUUGUUGUGCCAGGAGCUGGGAAGUUGGAACUCAAGUUCACUCCACAAUCCGGGGAUACUGUUUCAUUUGUUGUGCACGAAUACAAGGGACCAGGAGUAGCUCUGGCCAUGUACAACACAGACGCUUCAAUCACCGAUUUCGCCCACUCAUCCUUCAAGUACGCUCUGGCCAGGAAAUAUCCACUUUACCUGAGUACCAAGAACACCAUCCUCAAGAAGUACGAUGGACGCUUCAAGGAUAUCUUUGAAGAUAUCUAUAACCGAGACUACAAGAAGGACUUCGAGGCAGCUGGCAUCUGGUAUGAGCACCGUCUAAUCGAUGAUAUGGUGGCCUAUGCUAUGAAGAGCGAGGGAGGCUUCGUGUGGGCCUGCAAGAACUACGACGGAGACGUCCAAUCGGAUUCCGUAGCCCAAGGCUACGGCUCCCUAGGACUCAUGACCUCGGUGCUUGUUUGUCCGGACGGAAAGACCGUGGAGUCAGAAGCUGCCCAUGGAACCGUUACCCGGCACUACAGAAUGUAUCAGCAGGGUAAAGAGACCUCAACCAAUCCCAUCGCCUCAAUCUUCGCGUGGACCAGGGGUCUGCUGCACCGUGCCAAACUGGAUAACAAUGCUGAGCUGAAGAGAUUUGCCGAGACCCUGGAGAAGGUUUGCAUCGAUACAAUCGAGGCUGGCUUCAUGACAAAGGAUCUGGCCAUUUGCAUCAAGGGAAUGAAUGGCGUGAAGAGAGAGGAUUACCUAGAAACCUUUGCCUUCAUGGACAAACUGGCUGAGAAUCUGAGGAAAGCCCUGGCCAAGUGACUAGAUGGUCAAAGUCAUCUCUAAAUUGGGAAUUUCUAUGGCAUUUUCAGGUGGAAGCUUUCUUUAUUUUUGUCCCCCCAAAAAUCUAAUUUUUUACAAUGAGAAAAUAAAAGAAAAGUAAUUUAAUGUAAAACAGGGAU